AGAGCACACACAAACAGGUGCUUCUUCUUGUCCAUGAAAAUCUCCACUGCUUGCGCACGAUGGCUGCAACACCAUCCAAACAAGCAGCUGCGACGAGAAACGAUUCCGAUGACGUAGUUGACAAUGGCCGGAACGAGGGCACCGUCCCGGAUGGUGGAUAUGGUUGGGUCUGUGUUGCUGCGUGCUUCACGGUCAACUGCUUCACAUGGGGAACGGUAUCGGCAUACGGUAUCUAUCUGUCGCAUUAUUUAGCUGAUGAUGCCUUUCCUGAGGCAACUAUAUGGGACUAUGCCUUCAUAGGCGGCUUCAACUUCUCAAUAGCCAUGCUCAUCGCACCUUUUGUCACGGUUAUCACUCGGAAAGUUGGGAUGCACAAAGUCAUGAUUGCAGGCCUGGUGUUCGAGAGCGGAGGGUUCAUUGCAGCUUCAUUCGCAACUCGAAUAUGGCAGCUCCACCUCUCGCAGGGCGUUCUCAUCGGCUGUGGGAUCGGCUGCUUGUAUAUUCCUAGCCUUCCAAUCCUUUCGCAAUGGUUUGUCCAUCGACGAAGCUUAGCCAAUGGAAUAAGUGCCGCGGGAUCUGGCGUUGGCGGUGCGGCUUUUGCGUGGGGCACCGAGGCCAUCAUUCAGCGUUUCAAUAUCGGCUGGGGACUGCGCAUCACCGGAAUGAUUGCCUUUGCUGCUAAUUUGGCCGCGGUCACGGUGAUACGGGACCGGAACCACGUCAUUCAGCCAUAUCAGCUUGGCUUCGACACCCAACUAUUGAGACGGUACGAAGUGGUCCUGCUGCUCUCCUGGGCCUUCAUCAGCAUGUUGGGGUACAUUGUUCUGCUUUUUUCUCUAGCCGACUUCGCCUUGACCAUAGGUCUUACUCGGGCCCAAGCUACGGACAUUAUCGGGCUAUUGAAUGUGGGGACUGCGGUCGGGCGUCCGCUAAUCGGCAUAUGCAGCGACAGAUGGAGCCGCAUCGAUACAGCAGGCGCACUGACUCUCCUCUGCGGUUUGUCAUGUUUCGCUUUCUGGCUACCUGCAACCUCGUUCGGCCUGACUGCGUUCUUUGCCAUCAUGUGUGGGGCUAUUGUGGGCGUCUUCUGGAUGACAAUCGGUCCCCUCUGUGUUGAGGUUGCUGGUAUUAAGAACCUGCAGUCACUGCUGUCUCUAUCCUGGGCGACAGUGAUAAUCCCAGCGAUUGUUUCUGAGGGAAUCGGCUUGAAGCUACGACGGUCUUCUGCUGGGAGGGAGUAUCUUUACACGCAAAUAUUUGCCGGAAUCUCGUAUAUAGUCGCAAGCGGAUUCAUGUUCCAGCUCCGAAGGGUGAAGAGACACAAGGAACAACGUAAUCACUAAGAUGGAGACGGAUGGAGUUGUGAGCAGUCAUAGCGCACAGUGGCCUACAAUAAAAUAGAACUCCACCCUACUGUGAACAUGAACGCGGACUUGUUGAACUAGACGUUCAUACAUG